GACUUUUCCCAAUCACGGUUCAUCACCGACCUUUUCUCGCUAAAAAUAAUCUUCGUCUUAAAUGUGAGAUAAAGGCGAUUUAUACACAACUAAAACUCGAAGAAGUUAAACGUGAGUAACUAACUAAACAAACCAGCUACUCCCAACCAUUUCUUACAACUUUUGAACCUUAAACUUAUCCGAUGGAAACGAGUAGACUGAAUUUGGUAUAAACUCGUUAAAUUUUUAUCCAAUGUGAUCAACCUUAAAUAAGUAAAAUCAUUAAAAUUGUUUGAAAGUGUGAAAGCGAACUCAGCAAAUACAGAAUCCACAUGGAUCUGAAGCCAGGAAAGAAAUGGGAAUGUUCAAAGUGCUCAACAACAUUUAAAACCAAUUACGACUUGACUAGACAUAUCGUUAUGCACGACCCCGAUGCAAAGGUCAAAUGCGAGACUUGCGGAACGAUUUUCAAAACUACCGGUGCCUUACGUUUCCACACGUGGAGUGUCCACAGCAACCGGAAACGACCAAGCUGUGACACGUGUCACCGGGUGUAUUUCACUUCGGCCGGGUUACGACGACAUAUUGAGACCGUCCACAGCACGAUUAAACGACCCCGUUUCCCAUGCACAGUUCCCGGCUGCGAGAAAACCUAUCUAGCUAAAGAUGCCUUGACGAUACACGUGAACACUGAACAUGCCGAGAAUCCGGCCCGAUUUCCGUGCACACUUUGCGGAAAGGAAUUCAAAACGAGGGCUCACCUUGAGAGUCACACUCCCAUCCACACGACGGAGAAGCCGUACAAUUGUUCCAAGUGUGGGAAGAGUUUCGCCCACAAAGCAAAGAUGAAAAGUCACGAGAAGACGCAUUUGGAAAAGUCUGCCCGAGACGUGUCAAAAUGCCACCUCUGUCCUCAGACCUUCUUAACUAGGAAUGGGCUGCAAGGCCACAUUCGAGUUGUGCAUGAAAAUCAGAGGAAUUAUCCGUGCCCAUUUUGUGACAAGAAAUUCUCCUUCUCAUCAGGCUUGAAGCGUCACGUGGAGGCGAGACAUGCCACGAACAAAGCGCUGAAGAUCCAUUCCUGCGACAAGUGCAAGUACAGGAGUCACACGAAGUUCAAUUUGGACCUUCACAGACGACGUCACAAGGGAAUGAGGCAUGGGUGUUACUUUUGCGGGAAGAGAUUCGUAACUUUUCACGAAUUAGUCCAACAUUGUAAAGUUCAUACUCUAGAAAGUUGAAAUAUUUAUGUACAUAAAUAUGUAUGACAUUGGGUUAUCAAUAAUUUGUGAACAUUUUAUAAAUUCGUGACAUUUGGCAAAACAUUUUGGGAGAAAACCAUGGGACUUGAUGACAAUACGCCCAUAUUCGUAAUUAUCUGUACUUCAAAAAUUAGAAACACGUUGGCGAAAACCGUAUGCCGAAAUUCGAAUCGGUUCUAAAGUUAUCGUGGAUACAGACGCACGGGACAUCUCCAUAUUAAUGGAUUUCGCCUCGCUUCACCCCUUAAUAAUUAAGUAACUUUUUGAGAAUUUCAUCCCGUACACAGUGGCGGGUUAAGGCAUCGCGGGGCCCCUGGGUGACUUUUUCGUGAUGAUUUACUCGUAUAUAUGAAUUGGGCUUCUCCGACUUUGGUCGCAUUAAUUUUAAACUGCUCACCAACAAAGAAUCCUACUUACCGAUGAAUGCGCCUGGUUUCGCAUGUGACAGAAUUUGCAAUUAAAUUUCGAACCAACUAAUGAUUUUUCAAAAUCCUGUUACCUUUCUUAUUUUAGGCCGACGUAAGAAAUUUAAAAAGUAGCUUUCGGAAAAUUACCUGCCCCAAAUUACAAAAAAACUUUUCUAAAAAUGUCUGCCAUUUAAAAUUUUCGUGCGUGUAUUUAAAAAGUUGUACAGAUGAAAAAAGUUUUUGAAAGUUUUUGAAAAGUAAAUUUUGUUAAGUUACUUAAUUUGAUUCCCCGCAAACUUGUACUUUAAUGUACUUUAAUGUUUGAAAUUUGGUUAAGUCUGAAAGACAGCUUAUUUGAUAAAUCGUAAGUUACUGAAAAUUAUUCAAAAA